GCAAUACUGAUGCCAAGCAAGAAGCGCGUGAAGGUUUCAGGUGUAUAUAUAGAUGAAGGAGAAGUAGGGUUUGCUUCAGUAGGAGAGAAUGUACGUAUAAAGCUAUUAGGAGUUGAAGAAGACGCUUUAAGCAGCGGUACAGUGCUGUGCUGCUCGCUGUCUCCUUGCCCUGUUGCAUGCAAAAUCUUAGCCUUUAUGAAGGUCAUGGAGCUGUUAGAACAUCGGCCUCUUCUAACAGCUGGAUAUACAUGCGUUAUGCAUGUACAUACUGCAAGAGAAGAAGUUAUGCUAGGAAAGAUACUCGAGUCUUCUGACGGCAAGAAGAAAAAAACAAACCCGCAGUUUGUGACGAGCGACUGUCUCAUCAGCAUUGAAAUUAUGCUGUCGAAGCCGAUGUGCAUGGAGGAGUAUGAAGCCUGCUCGCAACUGGGUCGCUUUACUCUUAGAGAUGAAGGGAAGACUAUCGCUGCUGGGCGUGUGACGAAGAUUUUGGAGUUUGCAUAA